AUGAGAACGAUCAAAGAGGACGUGGCGGAAGUAAGAAUGCUGAUGAAAGUAAUCUGGAAAGAAAUGGUGAAAAGAGAAAUGAUAAUCUCUGAAGAAGAAAAUCAAGGUGCAAGGGGCUACUACGAGUUCCGUGAAGAAAAGGAACAUGAGAUCCAGGAAUGUGACGAGUUUAAGACUUUGAUACAAAGCCUUAUGGAUAAUAAGGAGCUGGAAUUUUAUGAAGCUGGCUCAGAUGAGGGUCAUGUAGGCACAUUGGAAGAUGAACCCAACAAUCAAAGAAUCAACCGGCCAAGGAUAAUUAUUUCUCUACCAAUGAAUAAUGAAGUCGAAACACAAACAGCACCGAAGGUCAUUAUUCGCAAACUCGUUUUCUUUCCUUAUAAGGAUAAUAAGAGGGUACUCUGGUAUUAUGACUGCAAUGUGACAAUGCCAGAGAAAGAGGCUAUAACUAGUGCUUCUAAGGAGGCUCAAGAUAAGGGUUCUUACACACGUAGUGGGAAGCGUUAUGAUGUAGAAGGUGUCAGAGUUGAGCCUGCGAAAGCAAAAGCCUUUGACAAAGAAAAGGGGGUUGAAGUACUUGUUAAUGAGCCACUGAAGGAAGAAGAAGCCAGAGAGUUUUUAAAAUUCUUAAAACACAGUGAGUACAGCGUGGUUGAACAAUUGCACAAGCAACCAACUCACAAAUCAGUGUUGGCUUUGCUUCUGAGCUCAGAGGUACAUCGAGAAACAUUAAUGAAGGUGCUUAAUGAGACUUACGUUACUAAUGAUAUAUCCGUCAAUAAGUUAGAUCGAUUGGUUAGUAACAUAAGUGCUAACAAUUUUAUCUAUUUCAAUGAUGAUGAAAUCCCACUUGGUGGCAUAGGAUCAGCUAAAGCUUUACAUAUCACCACUCGCUAUAAGGGGUAUACAUUGCUGAGUGUGCUUAUUGAUAAUGGAUCAGCCUUAAAUGUCUUACCAUUGUCCACAUUGAAUAGAUUACCCAUAGACAGUUCUCACAUAAAAACAUGCCAUAAUGUAGUGAGAGCAUUCGAUGGCACGGAGAGAAAGGUCAUGGGAAGAAUUGAUAUUCCUUUGAUGAUUGGGCCAAAUACGUAUGAGGUGGACUUUUUAGUGAUGGACAUCAAGCCCUCUUACAAUUGCCUGUUGGAGAGGCUUUGGAUACAUUCGGUAGGAGCAGUGCCCUCAUCCUUGCACCAGAAGUUGAAGUUAGUAACGGACGGACGGCUGGUCACCAUAAAUGCGGAGGAAGACAUCAUAGCAGCAGUUACCAGCGACGCACCAUAUGUAGAGGCAAAUGAUAAGGCUAUUGAGUGCUCUUUUUGUUCCUUAGAAUUUUUCAAUGCAACAUUCAUUUCAGAGGGGAAGGAGGUGUCAGUACCCAGGAUAUUUAGAACCACAAGAAUGGGUUUACAGAUGACAAUGGGGAAAGGAGCUUUUCCAGGAAAAGGAUUGGAAAGAUAUCUUUAA